UAUGAGUCGAUAAUUAUAUGUUGGUCGUCUGAGUUCCAGGAUCCGUAGAGAGCACCUUUAAUAAGAGUUUGAGAAAUUCGGCAAAAUCAAGGAUAUUGAUUUACGAAAUACUCAUGCUUUUAUUGAAUUUGAAAAUUAAGAUGAUGCCAGAGCAGCCAUUUCAAAAAUGGACAACAAACGAUUGAAUGAAGGCAGUGAUCGUAUCACAGUCAAAUCAAGAGGUAGAAAAAAGAGAUGGAUGAAAUUGAAAAGAUGAUCGACCGUAAGGUGCAAGAGGACCCACAUCCAGAGACGUAUGUUUCAAUUGCGGCCGUAAGGGACAUUGGGCAAACGAAUGUAAAGAAGGUAUUACACUUAUACCAUUUCACCAGGGGACUUACGAGACACAUGUUAUCGUUGCUAUAAAAAAGGUCAUACACGAAAAGAUUGUCCAAAAUCAAGGACACCUUCAGAGAGAAGAAAGUUUAUUAAAAAAAUAUUAUUUUUUUUUAGUCGUCGUGAUAAAGAUAGAAAGAGAAGAAGAUCUUCAUCUUCAUCUUCUAAAUCUUCUGAAUCCUCUAAAUCUAGGAGAAGAUAUAGAUAAUAGUAGAAACAAUAGAAGAAACCUAACAGAAGAUCACCUUCUUCAAGUGAGAGCAAAUCCAUAUCAUCACAAAGCUCUAGGUAUUUAAAAAUUAUUAGUAUAAUUUAAGCAAAUAACCAUGAU